GAUAAGCUAAGAAGCCAUGGCCUCUUUGUGCUCAUUCUUCUUCUCUGCUUCUUCCUGUGAGAAGGUUGGUGCACUUUACCUUUGUCACCCUCUCACACCAUCAAUGUCUCUGAAUGCUGCUACACCCUUUUCAACAACAACAAAAAGAAGAAGCAGGAGCUUCUGGAAGAAGAGCACUCUGGUUUGUGCCCUCAACAUCAACAACAACAACGGAUUGCAGUACAGGAAGCUCGGUGACUCUGACCUUAACAUCAGUGAAAUCACUCUUGGUACUAUGACCUUUGGGGAACAAAAUACAGAGAAAGAAGCUCAUGACAUUCUUAGUUAUGCAUUUGAACAUGGCGUUAAUGCUCUUGAUACUGCUGAGGCCUACCCAAUUCCAAUGACGAAAGAGACACAAGGAAGAACUGAUCUCUAUAUUGGUAGCUGGCUGAAGUCUCAAUCUCGUGAAAAGAUUAUUUUAGCAACAAAAGUAUGUGGUUAUUCUGAGCGGUCGAGUUACCUACGUGACAAUGCAAAUGUUUUGCGGGUUGAUGCUGUAAAUAUCAGAGAAAGUGUAGAGAAAAGCCUCAAGCGUCUUGGCACUGAUUAUAUUGAUUUAUUGCAAAUUCACUGGCCAGAUCGCUAUGUUGCAUUGUUUGGUGAGUAUUGCUAUGAUCCUUCAAAAUGGAGACCUAGCGUGCCAUUUGUUGAACAAUUACAAGCUUUUCAAGAACUUAUCAAAGAAGGAAAGGUACGUUACAUAGGCGUUUCAAACGAGACUUCAUAUGGAGUGAUGGAAUUUGUCAAUGCAGCUAAAGUUGAGGGACUUCCAAAGAUUGUCAGUAUCCAAAACAGCUAUAGCUUGCUUGUUAGAUUACAUUUUGAAGUUGAUCUUGUGGAAGUUUGCCAUCCAAAGAAUUGCAAUAUUGGCUUACUAUCUUAUUCCCCACUUGGAGGUGGAUCACUCUCAGGAAAAUAUAUAGAUAUAAAUUCUGAAGCUGCAAAAAGAGGAAGGUUGAACCUCUUCCCUGGCUACAUGGAAAGAUAUAACAAAUCGGUGGCACGGGAAGCAACUAUAGAGUAUCUUGAGUUGGCCAAGAAGCAUGGUCUAACUCCUGUUCAACUUGCUCUUGGAUUUGCAAGAGACCGUCCAUUCAUGACAAGUUCAAUUAUUGGUGCAACCUCUGUGGACCAACUAAAAGAAGACAUUGAUGCUUUUACAAAAACUGAGCGACCUUUACCAGUACAAGUCAUGGCAGAUAUUGAAGCUGUCUUCAAGAGAUACAAAGAUCCUACCAUUUUUUGAACAUUAUACCAUGGAUUACUAACUCACUGCUAUUGAUUUGUCCUGCUCCCAUCUCUCUCUCUCUCUCUCUCUCUCUCUCUCUCUCUCUCUAUUUUUUGUCAUGAUUAAAAUUUGAUUCAUGUAUACUGAAUCAGUGAAUGAAAAGUAUGUUGGGACUGCAUUAGGUAAAAAAAAUUGUGUAAAACUAGUGACUAUGUUAUGUGGCUGGACUUUACUUGUGGGACAUGAAUCCGAAACUCAUUUGAAAUA